CUGUCUAAGAAUGCUAUUAUAUUUCUGUUGAUAACACACUGUCGUGUUGAGUAUGAUGUUAGUAUGACGACUGUGUUACACAGUGACGUGUAGGUCUGAUUUUAAAUUUAGACUCGUUUAUAUAAUAGAUUCUUUAACUUGUUAAUUUUAUUGUCGAUAGUCUAUGUUCACAGGCUUUAGGCAAACUAGCGGUAUAGGUUUGUGUAAUUAUCUCAGUAAAAAAUAUAUAUACAUUUUUGGAUUAAUUCUUGUACCUGUCCGGAUAAACCAGUUUAGUAGAAAUGUCCAGUCCAGUGAUCUCGGAAUAAUCACUGCUCACGUAGGCCUAAAGAUGUUGACCACCAAACGAUGCUAUUGGUGCCGCCCAUGUCUCUUGCUUCUAUAACUGCAGUCUGUAACACGACAUAAGGAGCUCAUGGGGCUGUCCAAGAAACUAGGGGUGUGGUCACAGAAAACCUUCCAGGGAGGUUCACAGGAGGUUGUGUACAAGUGGAGCAAUCAAACCUACACACUUGGUGAAGUCAUAAGGAAAUUUAAAUUGCCGUGUGUUGUGCAGUGUGACACAGAUCCGUGUUGUGUCCUUUGGUCCGAUUUCCGGUUUGAUUUAUGUCAGCCAUUGCUUCUGUUCAGUACAAGGAGCACUCAGAAAGUACACGCCAUCAGUGUCCACGAGGAACCAUCCAAGCAAAUAUUAGAGGAACUAGACCCUCCUCUGGCAAUACCUCUAGACUUUGAAGGUUGGUUUGCUGCAAGACCUAAAGGCGUGGACAAAUUAAAAGUGCACAAAACAAUCGAAGAGGUCGUAAAUUCAACUGCCAUCAGGUUUCUGGUGACCUCCAAGUGUAGUGCCUUCACCACCAUCAAAUCCGUUGGUGGAAGUUUUCAGUACAAGGAAAGGGAAAUCACUCCCGGUGAAAGCUUUAGAAAAGUCUGCGUCAUGAGAAACGAACCAGUCAAUGAUGCUCUUGCUGAGUUAAUCAAAGAUUACGGCCCUUGUUUAGCAUGUUUAGAUGAAAAGGAUGAUGAUAUUCUCAUUCCUCUAGCCAAUGAAACGUUGUGCUACGAUUUGGCUGAGAUGUAUCCGGAAAUGGGCGAUCAGAUUUUUAGAAUCUCUUCCUUAAUUGAUGGCGGGAAUUCCAAACUGCCUCGACUUCUUCAAUUAAUCUAUGGUGAUCCUCCAGUUCUGAAUUACAGCUUUACGGGAAUGUUGAGGUGCUACAGUAUUUUUACAGAAGAAACUAUUCUGGCUGCCAUUUUAAAUCCAGGCAAAUCUAUGUGCCUUGAACUGACGACAGAUUCAGUUACCAAAUUUAGACUGGCUCUGAAUGAGUCGGCCAUUAAAAAGACAAUCGAAUACACAAAUACAUUUCAUCUGUGCGAUUCGUUUGGGCCUAAGUUUCUAACUGGCAUUAAAGUGUCAUUCUCGCUUAAACCUACGCUCAGCGAUAGUCAAGAAUUGACUAUAGCAUCUGGUGACAGUGACACACAAGACACUAAUGACAGUGAUACAAAUGGCAGCGACACACAGGACAUAAACGCCGAUUCGGAAUUCGAUGUAGAAUGGCGUUCAGUGCCAGGAGAUAUGGUGCUACAGUCCAAACACUCUAGCCACAAGAUAAACAAUGCAACUAUUUCAGAACAAACAAAUUGUGAACAUUUGACUGAAUCUGUUCCAAAUCCGAUGAAUGACAAACUGUACGAUGGGUCAAUGCAUCCAAAUAAUAGCCAGGCUAACCGAGUCAACUGGAACAACAAAAUGACGAAAUCUCAGCUCAAUAGGAAAAGCGUUGAAGACGAAAUAGUGGAUAAAAUAUCCAGCAUUGAAAUACACCACACAAGAGAUGAGGAUUUUACUAGCUCCAGAAAUAUCUUCUCCAUUAUUAAUUCCAAUCUUAGUUCCUCAAUGUCUAUAGAAGCAGAUGUUCAUAAACCCAAAUCUGGGGACAAAAACACAGUAGACAAAGAAAACCCUUUGCUUUAUUUGUUUCAUCCAAUGAAAAACAAAGACGACAACUCACUGGGUAACAAAGAACAUGUGCAUGCGGUAAGCAUCGCUCUGGAAAAUGUCAGCGACUCUACAUUCGAUCCCAGAGUUCCAUGUAAACCAGCCAAAGAAUACGUAGAGAGUGAGGAGACUGGAGAGAGCUCUGAUAGUGAGUUCAUGGAAAGCUCUGAGCUCAGACAGGAACCUGGACAAUUCAGCUUUGCACCAUAUGAAGGCUGUGAGAGAAGUCUUCAAAGUGAGAAAAAUACUAGCAGUCAAAAGUCACCUGAUUAUCAAAACAUUCAAUUUGACGAGAAGAAAUCUGACAGUUGUAAUAAAAAGGGAAUAUUUUCUUUGACACCUCUUGAUAUACAACAGACAUACAGUGAUAAACAGGAGCCUAUGAUUUGUCAGGAAAACGAUAGUUCUGAAGAUGAAUAUGAUGCCGAAGACAUUUUAUCUUUGGCUGCGUCAGAGUCGGAAAAAUUGUCAACUUUGACCAAAAACGAACUCCAAUUUUCGGGAACAUUUCCAUUAGAAAAAUCUGACAAAGUGGCAGAGAUUCAAGAAUACCGCGGCAUUCAUGAGAGAUUCGCAUUACUUGGACGUCAAGUAAGUUGCGAGAGUAGCACGUCUCAAGAAUCGUUCGCGCGAUUUAAUAGUUUAAUAGAAGAAGUGACGGCGUUGGUGAAUACAUCAAGCAGUCGUAUCAUUGGCGCAAGCAAUAGAAAACCAAAAACUAGAAAUAAAUUAUUACAAGUGCAAAGAUCUAAAUAUGACAAAGGCUACACCGAGCUGGUAAGCUCCACAGAGACUAUACCAGAUAGUUUACCCGGGGCUCUGUCUGGGGAAUCAUCAAAGAGUCAAGAAAUUUCUAAGGCGGCAUCCAAGCCUUUAUUCACAGAAACAGAACAUUUCGUAUCUAAGCCUUCCAGUUUACCAUUACUAAAUCAGGCUGCAUUAAGCAACAAAUUUACAACGAACUCUUUGGAUGAUAUAACAGCAUUGAACAGUGCAAACAAACAUUCAGAAGAGCUGCAUUUAAUUCCCAAAGUAAAUGCCCAUGAAAACUCUUUUCGACCUUUUGGUGUUCUCAAGAGAUCCCGAGGGCAGCAGAACAUUAUUGAGGCUCUGGACUCAAAAUAUUUGUCUGCUAUAGAUCAAAAUCAAAAUAAAGAAAUGCCACCCAACGUUCUCGGUGCAAUGAAAGACACAUCAGAUCAUCCACCUGUACUCCAGCGCAGAAGUAAUCCUUCAAGUAACCAAGCGAUACAAGAUCAUUUGGAAGAAAAUGUGACUGACCCCCAGAUUUACAGCAACAUUUCGUUAAUGCGACAGAAAUCUGAAACAGUUGAAAUAACUUCAAGUCGUACCAGUGUUGAUAGCGACUUGACAUCUGUCAGUAGCAUGAACUCAGUACUGUAUCACCCCAACCAGUCACAUAUCUUUAGUACUGAACUAGAAUCUGAUGAAUCCAAUUUCUGGAUUUAAGAAUAAAUUGUGUAUAAAUACCGGUGGCUUGAUUACAGAUACAUUGUGUAUAUACCCGUGGCUUGAUUACAGAUACAUUGUGUAUAUACCCGUGGCUUGAUUACAGAUAAAUUAUAUAUAUACCCGUGGCUUGAUUACAGAUAAAUUGUAUAUAGGCCCUAUACCCGUGGCUUGAUUACAGAUAAAUUAUAUAUAUACCCGUGGCUUGAUUACAGAUAAAUUGUGUAUAGGCCCUAUACCCGUGGCUUGAUUACAGAUAAAUUAUAUAGCCUAUAUACCCGUGGCUUGAUUACAGAUAAAUUGUGUAUAUACCCGUGGCUUGAUUACAGAUAAAUUGUGUAUAUACCCAUGGCUUGAUUACAUAUAAAUUGUGUAUAUACCCGUGGCUUGAUUACAGAUAAAUUAUAUAUAUACCCGUGGCUUGAUUACAGAUAAAUUGUGUAUAGGCCCUAUACCCGUGGCUUGAUUACAGAUAAAUUGUGUAUAGGCCCUAUACCCGUGGCUUGAUUACAGAUAAAUUAUAUAUAUACCCGUGGCUUGAUUACAGAUAAAUUGUGUAUAUACCAGGGGUCGGCAACCUUUUGAGUCGAAAGAGCCAAAAAUUACAAUUUACAAAAUUUUAAAGUUUUAAAGAGCCACAAAAUUUUUCUUGCAACAAUAAAUAGUACUCGCACAAUUUUUUUUAAAGAAAACAAAAGAAUCUUUGUAUUUUUAAGUAGUGCUUAUCACAACAAAUUAAAUAAUAUAUAUAUAUAUAUAUAUAUAUAUAUAUAUAUAUAUAUAUAUAUAUAUAUAUAUAUAUAUAUAUAUAUAUAUAUAUGUAUGGCAUUAUUAGAUAAUUAUUUUUUUUAUUUCGGUAACAACUAAAGCAGUUACACAUUCUCUUAAACACUAAGUUGAACUUUAAUAACAAACAAUUGAGCAAACAAAUUUAAUGGGAGCGUUGGCUUCGCAUGGUUUUAGAAAGUUUGAAUACAUUUGGCUCAUAAUUUGUUGUUUUUAGUUUCAAACACGACUCUAGAUUUUCAAUUGUUAGUUGGCUUCUUACUUUGCUUUUAAAUAUAUUCAUAAAAAAAAACAACGCUUUCUCGCACGAAUAUGUCGAUCCGAAGACAGUCAGCUCUCCAAAUGUAGCAAUCUGGAAGAUUAUUCCAUGCGCCGAAUCAACUUGCGGCAUUCCUUAGAAAGCUGUCCACUAUUGUUGCGUUACGUGCAUUUCUGGACCUCCAACUCUUGCAAUUUGCUUUUCAACUCUGUAAAUUUUCCACCCCAUAAAACUUUACUUUAUAAAUCGACCAAUUGCAUUUUUAGAGAUCCAGUAUCAAUUUCAAAUGAAUCAAUGCGGAUUGUGUUACUAUUUGUGUUGAGAGGAUUUACUAGGAUUGCUAGAAUGGUUUUGUUGGUUUUGAACUGCUCAAAUCUAUCAAGAAAUUUAUCUUUGAUUUUUUUUUAACUGUGCUCAAGUAAUUCGUGUCAAUAAUAGCUUCUGAUUUAAUUGCGAUACUGCUUUAGACAUUGAAAAUGAAGUAACUUACCGCUCUGAAUACCUUGAGCAAAAAGAAUUAAUUUUUCUUCAAAACAAACCAAUUCUUCUACCAAAACAUGGGAUGGGUUUCCCUCUCCUUGCAGUUUUAGAUUCAGCUCAUUUAAUUUCUCUGUUUUAUCAACCAAAAAUAAAAUGUUUGCAAGUAUUUGUCGUUUUCUUAUACAGUGAGAUUAAUGUCUUUAUCAUUUAGGAAUGUAUGUAUUUCCUUCAAGCACAAAGCAAAACGUCUCAACACAUUACCUUUGGAAAUCUAUCGUACUUUAUUGAAAAGAAGGAGCUCGGAAUACUGAGUAUCCAUUUCUUUUAAGAUUUCUUUAAACUGACGAUGGUAGAGUGCUUUUGAUAAGAUGCUGUUAACAAUCUUGAUGACCAAAUUCAUUACCUCAACUUUUUUGGUUAUGAACCGUUUUGGACACCAAGCGCUUCUUUGAGCAUUAUUCAGUGAAAUGUAAGAAUUUCAUGGUUUAUUUUGCUCCGACGAAUCGUUGUUGCCCUUUUAUUUUUUCCUGUCAUACUUCUGGCUCUAUCAGUUGCUAUUUAAAUGAUUUUAUUUAAAUCGAUCUUAUUGUUUUCAAUGUUUUUUUGUACGGCAUUUACUAUAUCUUCUCUAGUUUGUCACGAGAGAGGUAGCAAUCAUUGAAGUUCUUCUUUUGGACCUUGGGAAGACUUAUAGCUAACAAAAUGGGCAACUUGGGCCGUGUCUUUUUGUAGCAUGGUAGGACAAAAGAAAGUUGAAUAUCUUCCACCUAUAAAUAUGUUACAUUUGAAGACAUUUAAAAUAUUCUAUCUUGUACUGUUUUAGCAGAUAAUGGAAAAUCUUUGAUUUUUUAAAAGAUUUCUGGUUUGUUUUUGAAAUCACGAAAAAGUGUUAUCUUCAGAUGCACGUAGAAAGCAGUCUUUGACAUUUUCACCAUCUGUAAAUGGUUUGCCUUUUUGUCCAAUUUCUAGUGGUGCCGCAAAGCUUGUCAGAUUAGCAUUAAUUGUAGAUUGCUUCUAAGUUUGAGAAGAUAAUCACUUCUAACGCAUUUACUUAAAACUUACGUCAGAGUCAAAGCACGUGGUGAAGACGCCAAUUCAUCUUGCGUCGAAAGCGAAUUGAAACCUACAUAGAAACAUCCGACGAUGGCGUCAUUCGAGAACUUAUGACGGACUGACAAUAUUGACGACGCGUGUAAUGGGGGAGGGGUGUGGUGAAAAGCGAGUACAAGUGGCUGAGAGAUAGAAUCGGUGCCUAAUCCUCGUUAAACGAUUCAGAAUUAUUUAAAAAAUGUUUCGAUAAAAUAAAUAAUAUUUGCAUAUGGAACUAAAGAGCCGCAGCUUCACACCAUAAGAGCCGCAUGUGGCUCGCGAGCCGCAGGUUGCCGACCCCGGGUAUAUACCCGUGGCUUGAUUACAGAUAAAUUGUGUAUAUACCCAUGGCUUGAUUACAUAUAAAUUGUGUAUAUACCCGUGGCUUGAUUACAGAUAAAUUGUGUAUAUACCCGUGGCUUGAUUACAGAUAAAUUGUGUAUAUACCUGUGGCUUGAUUACAGAUAAAUUGUAUAUAUACUACUAUAUACCCGUGGCUUGAUUACAGAUAUUUCAAUUCAACAUUUCCUGCAUAGAGACAAUGUAUAAAAUGAUCCCAUAUAUCGCCUAUAUGUUUGUGUAUGUAAAUAUUUGUAAAUAGAUGUAAAGUGCUAUUUAUUGGUAUUGUUUCAUGCUGAUACACUGUCAUAUUAUAGCGCACAGAAUUCUGUAACUUAACGACAUGUUCAAAAGUAUCAAGUGAUUAUUAGCUGAGUUAUGGAGCAAUUUAGGCCUAUGAUUACACAUUAUUAGAAGAGCUAAAUGUGUAUGUCUAUAGAUUAUUUGUAAGGCAUGUCUGUUGAGACAAGGAGAAAGUGACUUGGGGACAGGGAGCAGAGUACCUUCACCUAUCCCUUAGUCUUUUGGACCGUUGGGACACCACACACGAUCUGUCGACCAUUUUUCUCCAUUCCUCUCUAUCUUUCGCCACCGUGUGAAUUCGUUGUGGUCAUUAUAGACAUUUCACUUUCAAGUGCUCAAACCUUUGUAUUCUAUUUUCGGUAUUGCCCCCGCCAAAAAAAAAAACGCACAGUCUACAUAUAACGCUUUUUUUUUAAAGAUAAAUAUCACGAAUUCUUUACAAUUUUUGUUUCUUUCUCCCUAAGUCCACUUAUUUUUAAUAUGCCUUACGUCAUUUCCACUUCCUUUUAGACGCGGUCUAAAAAUGUUUUAAAAAAUUCUAAUAUCAUUAAUAAGAUAGAUCUAGAGACUUUUUCAUUCUUUCUUUCUUUUUUUUUUUUUGGAGAGAGAGAGAGAGAGAGAGAGAGAGAGAGAGAGAGAGAGCUAGUAAUGGUACUUUGUAACACUGUCAGAAAAAAACAACAUCUAAUUAUAAAAGUAUUGAAAAGACAAACCUGGAUCUAUUGUCAAUUCGCUACAUUCAAAUGGGGUCAACUAAACGAUUGCAAUUAAUAAAACCGAAUUGAUAUUUCUGUUGAUUUAGAGAACAAAAUACCAAGAGAAAUGUACAAAUGGCUAUGGGAAUGUGUAUUAAAUGAAGUUGUAUCAUUUAGUUUGAAUCAAUCAUGAAUUUAAUUAAUUUUUAAUGACUCCAAAUUUAACCAAAUACAAUGCAACUCUGCUGCAGUACCAUAUAAA